AAGCAGCUUGUGUUGUUCUCGUAUUGCAAUUUAGCUCACGAUCACGUGCGUGUCUUCAGCUCUUCCUCACCGAGUUAUUUUUUAUUUAUUAUCACAUUUAAAAUAAUUAUUAAAAAAAUGAACAAAUACUGUUUAGUAUUAGCAGUGUCUAUUGUAGUCGUACAAUCCCAAAGACCACCAUAUGCUGGUACGGGUGAUCGUCUGCCAGCUGUGCUGCCUCAAUAUCAGACAUCAAACCAGAUUCAAGAUCCGAGCGAAGGACAAAAUGUCACGGAAACAGAUAAUAGAAUAAACAUCCAACCAAACUCGCCGCAAAUAUUAAAUCUUCCUGUUGACGCUCAUGGGGACGUUGAUCUGAUCAACAGGAUCCAAUCCUGGCCCAAAGAGUCUCAGCCCUUCUGGUACCUCAAUUGGAAGCAAAUCGAAGAACAUCGUGGUGGACCUAGCUCCGUUUCUUCUACCAGCCUUCCUUCUACCAGAAGAUCCAAUUAA